AUUUGUUGAUUUUAAGGCAAGGUCAUUCUGGAGUCUGUAUCUUAUUUUGCCUUUGUUAGUCGAGUCACUUCCUCAUGUGGUGCUGGGCUGAACAAAUCUGGCCGACUGAAGACUGAAGAUGAUGUACUGCUGCUGAUUAGUUAAUGGAGGGCAGGUGUGAUCCACAAUCAAGGAGAGAAGGAGGUCGCCAUGACGACAAGACACACACACAGAUCCACACUGAUAACACUGCUGCUGCUCGUGUUCUCUCAUCCAGGCUCCUCCUGGUUGUUGCUGAACCAGACUGGGUCGAGUUGGUUCUGGUUUACUUGAGGAUCACGGGUGUUCUGGUUCAGUCAAACCAGGAUUACAGUGGGUUGGGUUAAGUCGUGUAGUGGAGUCAGUGUGGGGUUGCAGUGGUUGAGGGUAACCUUGAGUUGUUUUUUUGUGAGUCCCUGAACUCUAGAAACUCAAAGGCAGCUGGUUUCUUUCUUCCAUUCGUGUCAGGGACAGUUCGCUGAUGAUGUCAUCGCGCAUGACUGGCGGUGAGAAGAGUCACCUGCUCGCUCCCUCGCUCCUCAGGAGGGGUUGGUCCAGAACCUCUCGUGGUCUUGAUGACCAGUCGAGUCGCAACAACAAACUGAGGGAACAAAGGUGCGCGGCAGGUGGAGUCACGGAAUUAAGAUCAAAGGAGGAAGAAGGCGACGAGGAACGCUGUGUGGUGCCUUCAGAUGGCUCUGAGUGACAGGAUGAAAGACGCUGGAGAAUAUUGCUGCGAUGCAACAAAGAUGGGGCUCGCAAUGAAACCCUUGCUGGCGUCUGUGGGUCAGUGCAGAGAACACUUCCUCCUGUCAGGCUCCAGCGGUCCAGGAAGAGCUCAUGUCGGACGGUCGGGUUCAGAUUAAUGUCUUUGAAGCCUUUCUGUCAGUGACAGACUUCAACAAUGGCUUGGAGGCCAGCUCUGACUCCGACGAUGACGACAAGCUACACAUCGUGGAGGAGGACCAGGAGUCUAGCAAGAGUCCGCCGGACACCGAGGAGGGCGCCGCCAAGGACACCGCCGCCGCCGCCACCGCCAGAGCGGCACCCGUCAACGGGACCUGGACCAAAGUGAAGAAAGAGAGUUUGUCUGAGGGAGAGGACGAUGAGGAGGACGAAGAGGAGGACGAGGAAGUGGAGAAGGAUGUGAAGGACUCUCUGGUGGAGGAGAUUCUGCAGCAGGCAGACACGGCCAUCAUCUACCCCGAAGCUCCUGAAGACGAGCAGAGUCCCGCUGAGACGGGAGGAGCAGAUGAAAACGGAACGCCGGACUCUUUCUCGCAGCUGCACGUGUGUCCCUUCUGCUCGCGCGGCUACAAGCGCCACGCCUCUCUGAAGGACCACAUUAAGUUCCGGCAUGAGACCAGCGACGACAACUACAGCUGCUCGCACUGCAGCUACACCUUCACCUACCGCUCGCAGCUGGAGCGCCACAUGAGCCAUCACCGUGGCAACAAGCAGCAGCAGCAUCACGUCUCUCCAGCGUCGACCACCAUCACAGGAACUCGCAAAUUCAAGUGCACGGAAUGUUCCAAGGCCUUCAAGUACAAACAUCACCUGAAGGAGCAUCUGCGCAUCCACAGCGGUGAGAAGCCGUACGAGUGCUCAAAUUGCAAGAAGCGAUUCUCCCACUCCGGCUCCUACAGUUCUCACAUCAGCAGUAAAAAGUGUCAAAGUGCUGCAGCCAACAACGCGUCACGGACGUCAGCCAAACCCUUAGCCACCAUGUUGGCUGCUCCCCUCUCAGUGGCGCCGACCGCCAUCCUGGUCCGAGACAAGGUGGACAGCAAACCUCUGCAGGAGCAGCUGCCCGUCACCCAGAUCAAAUCAGAGCCUGUGGAGUACGAGUGCAAGCCGGGGGCGCCGGCCACCUCCGCCGCUCCUAACAAGCCGGUCAACGGCGGCGCACCGCAGACGACGGUGGCAGCGCUUCCUCAAGGCGUCGCCAUGGUCCUGCCCACGGUCGGCCUGAUGUCGCCCAUCAGCAUCAACAUCAACGACCUGCAGAACGUGCUGAAGGUGGCGAUGGAGGGGAACGUGCUGAAGCAGGCUUUGGGCUCGGCCAACGGCCUGGUGACCCCGGGGAAGCAGGGCAUCGUGCUGCAGCAGCCGCAGCAGCAAAUCCUCAGCCUUCCGGCCUUCGUGGACCACGACGGUACCACCAAGAUCAUCAUCAACUACAGCAUCAGCCCGACCGCCGGCACCGCUCCCACCACCCAACCAGCACCACUAGUCCUCAAAAACAGCCUUCCUGUUCCGCCUGCGGUCACCACGGCGGCAGCCCCCACCCCAAGCAAAACAGGUACCACCCCCGCGCCCCAGGCGGCGGACCUCAGCCGGGUCAAAGUCGAGCCCGAGUCGCCUGUCACCUCAGAGAAGGAAGCCACCAGGCAAGCUGCAAACACUGUAAAGACGGAGCCCGCAGAAGCCGACGAGCCCGGCUCAUGUUUACUGUGCAACGACUGCCCGGACGACCUGGAGGCGCUGCACCUGCUCCAGCACCGCAAGGCUGCCAACGGCGAGGCGGUGGACUCUGCUGCUCUGGACCCGUCCUUCGCCACGCUGCUGAACGAGGCGGGCGUGACGCUGGAGGACCAGCCUGUGGACGACCCGCUCUCGCUCCUCAAAAAUCACUUUGCUUCCAACGCCAACCCCGGCGAGGGGGAGCUGCUGGAGAUCUCCCAGUCGGUCAGUGUUCCUGUGGACGUGGUCCGGAAGUGGUUCGCCAAGAGGAGAGAGAAAAGCGAAAGCCAAAAGGAGACGGCGGCUUCCAAAGAGACUGAAGCAUCUGAGGAGGUGGUGAAGGAAGGAGAGAAACCUUCGGAGUCUGUCAGCACUUCUCCGUCAGACUCUUCACUCGCUACCAACCAGGUGGUGAUAAAGACUGAGCCAGAAGAAGCGGAGGCGGCGGACUCCCAGGCGGAGCCUCUGGAUCUUUCCCUCCCCAGAGAGGUGGCCACCGCCCCCAGCGUCGCCCCCAGCGUCACCCCCGUAGCUGCCAAGCCACCUCUGAAACUGGCGUGCCUGACCAAGGGUCAGCUGGACGGCAAGACCAUCUUUGUCACGGCUCCUCAGGCGGGCAAGCCGGUCAGCAUCGUCUCCGCCGCGCAGCUGCCCACCCUGGUGGCCAUCGCCGGGCAGGGCACGGUGGGCUGCCUCAGCUCCUCCACCAAGAGAACCAUCCUCAUCCCCCAGCUGUCGUACACCUACGCCACCUCCACCGGCGGCAGCGCCGGCGCCAAGACGGUCGUGCUCAACGGCCACAAGGUGGAGAAGAAGCCAGACACCAAGUCAGAGCAGGCUUCACCGGCGCCGGACGAGCAGAGCGACCAGGACUCUCCCUGUAAGAAGCGGCGGCUGGAGAACGGCAUCUUCCCCUGCGACCUUUGCUCCAAGGUCUUCAUGAAGGGCAGCUCCCUGCUGCGACACAAAUACGAACACACAGGGAAGCGACCCCACGAGUGCCCGGUCUGCCUGAAGGCUUUCAAACACAAGCAUCACCUGAUCGAACACUCGCGGCUGCACUCGGGCGAGAAGCCGUACCAGUGCGACAAGUGCGGCAAGCGCUUCUCCCACUCGGGCUCGUACUCGCAGCACAUGAACCACCGCUACUCGUACUGCAAGAGGGAGGACACCAGCCCCGAGCCAGACUCCGCCUCUGGCGCCCUGCAGUCGGAGCUGGGGGACGGCUCGGUGGACGGGGGACUGCUGAACAGCUGGACCUCCAUCCUGCCGCCGCAGACGGACUCUGACGGGCGGGAGACCGAGGAAGAGGAGGACGAAGAGGAGUACGUAGAGGGGGACGAGGCUGUGUGCAUGGACGACAUCCGGGUGGUGCAGGUGGACGACGGGGAGUGUGAAAUCUACGAGGAGGACUUUGAUGAAGGAGAGGAGACGGGCGAGGUGGUGGAGGUGGAGAUGGGGGAGGAGGAGGAAGAGGAGGAGGAGGGAGGAAGAACAGACUGUGAAGCAGACUUGGACAAAAGCAUCAGGGAGCCGGACGACGCCAAAUGAACCUCCUGGGCUGGUGAGUGGGACUCCGGCGCCGCCUGGUCCAAAACGGUCCACUACUGUGUACAAACACCCCGGCGUGCCUGAAAACGAAAAAGAGAAAAAAAAAAAAACAUCCUUUUUUUUUCUUGUGAAGUUUAACAAAAAUAUCAGUGUUAAAAUUGUUUAUAGAAGAUUUUAAACUUUGUUAGUUACUGAGACGGUUGUUUGUUUGUCAUGGCGUCAGUGUUACUAACCUUUAGAUCGGAACCUGUAAAGUUAUUUCUAAACCUUUUUAUUGCCAAUGUCUCCGAGAAUCAGUAUUUUAUUGAGUUCUACGAACAAACCUGUGCACUACAGUAUUCCUGUGCGGAUACACGUACGCCCUUCAGUGUUACUCGCGUGUUACCGCUAGCGACACGUCGUCGACUGUGUAGCCUUUUGCUAGCGACCGUUUUAGUUGACUGUUAGCCUUAAACGAGGGAGGGGCGGGGAGGGAGGGGCGGGACGUGACCGCGGCUUCAGUAUCACCAAAUCAGUCCUAUCAGGGAAGUCAAAAGCCAGCAGGGGGCGUCUUUGGCUCUGAAAAAAAACCCAUGCGCCUCUUCGUAACGUGCUCCGGAUGUCGCCGGGUUGGUCUGAAGCGAGGAGCCGCGCGACGCCUCCAGCCUUAUGCAAGACCGGUGUGCUGUUAAAGUGC